UCAUCCAAAACAGAGAGUCAGUGUCUCGUUGGGGUUGUGCGGAGAAAGGCUGUUACUCUCUAUUCCAGUGUAGUUAAAAGGGGACCACAAAAAUCUGAGGACAAUGGUAUUUCCACUUAUCUUGACAUGCGGGCCAAAUGAGGUCAUCGUGUUAUCAGGUUUAGGGUACCGGAAGUCGGCACUCAUCACCGGCGGAAGAAUAAUUGCUUUCCCGUGCCUCCAGCGGUGGUGCAGGUUGUCACUCAAUGUAAUGACCAUUAAAAUAACCUCAGCAGACGUUUACACGUCCCAGGGAGUCCCCAUCACUGUUAGUGGAGUUGCUCAGGUGAAGAUCAGCACACAGCACCCAGAGAUCCUCGAGCGGGCAUGUGAAAACUUUCUUAGCAAGUCCAUAGCUGAGAUCAAGGUACUCAUCACUGCCACGCUGGAGGGUCACCAGAGGGCCAUCCUUGGCACUAUGACAGUAGAGGACAUCUAUAAGAAUCGGAAGCUGUUCAAUUCGCGUGUGUUUGAAGUAGCCUCCAAGGACCUUUGUAAUCUCGGCCUCCAAGUUCUCUCCUAUACCAUCAGAGAUGUAUCAGAUACGGUGGGAUAUCUUACGGCACUAGGCAUGUCGAGGACAGCGGAGGUUCAGAGAGAUGCGAAGAUAGGCGAGGUGUUAGCUCAGCAGGAGUCGCGGAUCCAGAAGAGCUUGGCCCUCGAGGAACUAAUGAAGGCCAAGUACGCCAAUGAUACUCUUGUUGCUCUGGCUAACCGGAACUUCGAGCAGCAGAAGGCAGCGUAUGACCAGGAGGUUAUGACCAAGAAUGCAGAAGCUGACUUGGCAUAUGAACUACAGUCAUGCAAGAUCAAACAAAAGAUUGAGGAAGAAAAGAUGGAGAUCGUCGUUGUUGAGAGGCAGGGAAAGAUCCAUGUGGAAGAACAGGAAAUACAGCGAACUGAGAAACGCUUGGAAGCCACAGUGAAACAGCCAGCUGAAGCAGAGAAAUUCAGGGCGGAAACCAUUGCUGCAGCCCAGAGGAAGAAGACUGUCUUGGAGGCAGAAGCUCAAGCAGAAUCCAAGCAUCUUCAGGGAGAGGCUGAGGCCUUUGCGAUUGAGGCAAAAGCGAAGGCACAGGCAGCAAGCAUGCACUACCGAGCUGAAGCUUACAAGGAAUUCCAAAAUGCUGCUAUUCUGGAUCUGUACCUUAAAGCAAUACCACAGAUCGUCGGCAAUGUGAGCUCAUCCUUGUCCAACGUCAAGAGUGUGAAGAUGGUGUCUUCAGGAGGAUCUGAGGUCGGUGCUCAGAAGCUAACUCAGGAAAUGAUGGAUAUUUCCACCAGCAUCCCUGAAAUGCUCAAGUCUAUGACGGGUGUUGAUCUGAGAAAGUCUGUGCGAGCAGCAUAAAGGAAGACAGGAAUGGAUAACCAGCGUCGUGAAGUGAUGUUGUAUUAUCAUAACCAAAAUACUGUAUUUAAGUAUUAGUGUAAGAUACUUGGAUGUAAUUUUCUAGAAAUAAGAUAGAUUUUAAUGCUGAUGAGAAAUGUUUUAAAAAGAAUUCGUAGAUAUGUAAGUUGUUAAACAAAUGAUGUAUGUUAAAUGUGCCUUUGUACAUCUUAUAUAACAUGGCUUAUAACCGGAUGUAUCAUAUAGACAUAAAUAUAUCUAAUAAACUUACCCUUGUACAUCACAAAGGAACCCUUGAACACCUAGUACAUAUGUUGAAAAAAAAACUAGACUAAUACGAACGGAACAAGGUUAGAGAUGUCUUGAGGAAAAACGUAAGGAUUUUUCAAAUUAUUAUCAUUAUUAAUAUUAUCAUUAUUAUUAUUUGACCAUGAAAAAUAUGGCUUACGGAAAGAGUAAAAGAAAAAAAGAGAAAAAAAAGGAAAUCGAGUACAUAGUUGUGUCAAAUUGUAUUAAAGUGAAUAGAAUGAGGAUAAAUAAAUACUAAAAGGACAGUCUUGGUGCGAACACUAGCUCAUAGAUUAGUCUUAAGGUUAUACCUGUUAUGUGGAUAACAACGAUAAUAAUAAAUAAUAAUAUUAAUGAUACUAUUAAUAAUGAGGAUGAUGAUAAUAACAAUAAUGAUAAUAACAAUUAUAAUAAUAAUGAUAUUAAUGGUAUAUGAUAUACGAAACUUGGUACAGUGGAUAAAGAAAUAUAAUACCAAGUUAUAGAUUUAAGUUAAUGAAUGAAUUAAAAAACAUUGAUUAUCUAAAAUUAUCUGCCGCGGCAACAGCUAAGGUCAUUAGUGGUGGAUUAAAAAGAAAAUCACUUAGUCACACUGCAUGGAAAACAAUAAUUUAAGUUAAAGAAAAAAGUGUAAGUAAAAGUAUAUAAGUAUAUAAGUGUUUUUUUUUCGAGAAUAACGGAACACAUAAACUACUAUAUGAGAGAUACUAUUUAUCCUUUGACUGAACACUUAACGAUAAACGUUAGUCGGAAUUAAGAAUAUAGCAUAGAAUGUUACUCAUUUAUCACAAAAUAUAAUCUCAAUUUUUUUUCCCGUGUUUCUACGAACAUCAGUGAAUAAACCUGCAAAUAGAGCAUUGACCACCCAAAGCGAGGGGGUAAUAUUGUUUAAGUAAAUAAAGAACUACAUUUACAGUAUGUAGAGUUUGAAUCAGUUUACUUUUCAGUUACUUUUGGUCUUCUGUGAAUGACCAGAGUAAGAGAAAUUAUCAGAAAUACAAUAUUGUUUGGAGAAAAGCACCAGAAAGAAAACAUAAAACUUGCAUGUUAAGUGAUCCACUGGUCUGCCUUUAUAGUUUUUUUUUUUUUUUUUUUUUUUUUCUUUCUUUCUUUCUUCACGGUACAUGUAACUGAAUCUCACUAAAAGACAGAAAGAAAGAAAGAAAAAUAUAUUUCUUUGGUUACACCUGUCCCAAUAUCUAGAUUGUUUGAAUGGACUGAUGGCUAACCUUAUAAAGUUUAUCAUUUUAGAAAGUUUCAAAACGGUAUUUUGAUUCUACAGAGUGUAGAGUUAUAUUGCACAUGCACUGCCAUUAUUGUGUAUCUUGUACAUUAAAAUGUUGCAGUAAAAUUAUGGUUUAUCUUAA